AGCCCUCCCCACGCAUCCAAACCCCAAACCCCCACGCGCACCGGCGUUCGCCGGAGAAUCUCCCCGCCGGCCGCCGCCAUGCCGCCGCCUCUCCAGGCCCACCGCAUGCUCCUCUCCCACCGCCGCACAUCCCCCAUACCUCGUCGCCGCUUCACCGCGGUCUCCUCCCUCUCCUCCCCCCCCGCCAAGACCCUGGCCCCGGGCCCGACCCCCUCCUCCAUCCUCUCCAUCCGCGAGUCGCUCCUCUCCGGCGAGAGGACCGCGGCCGACAUCACCUCCGAGUACCUCUCCCGCCUCCGCCGCACCGAGCCGAGCCUGCGCAGCUUCAUCCACGUGGCCGACGCCGCCGCCGAGCGGGAGGCGGAGGAGCUCGACCGGAGGAUUGCCUCGGGUGGGCAGGAUGCGGUGGGACCGCUCGCCGGGGUGCUCGUGGGCGUCAAGGACAACCUCUGCACCGCCAGCAUGCCCUCCACCGGCGGGUCGCGGAUACUCGACGGGUUCCAGCCGGCGUACGACGCCACGGCCGUGCGGCGGCUGCGAGAGGCGGGCGCCAUCGUGGUGGGGAAGACUAACCUCGAUGAGUUCGGCAUGGGGAGCACCACCGAGGGCUCUGGGUUUCAGGUGACCACAAACCCUUGGGACGAUUCGCGCGUGCCUGGGGGAUCCUCAGGUGGUUCUGCUUCUGCGGUUUCUGCUAGACAGUGUGUGGUGUCCUUAGGGAGUGACACAGGUGGAAGUGUGAGGCAACCGGCAUCGUUUUGUGGUGUGGUAGGGUUAAAGCCAACUUAUGGCCGGGUAUCUCGUUUUGGCCUCAUGGCUUAUGCUUCAUCACUGGAUGUUGUGGGAUGCUUUGGAUCAUCAGUUUUUGACACUGCAACCAUAUUGUCUGUCAUUGCUGGCCAUGACAAAAUGGAUUCAACCAGCAGCUCUCAUGAUGUUCCAGACUAUAGAUCAGACUUGGCAUCUCUAAGUUUACUAGAAUCAAAACCAUUAAAUAAUGUGAGAAUUGGGAUUAUCCAAGAAACUCUUGGAGAGGGUGUGGAUGCUGGAGUCAUAUCAUCAAUCAGGGCUGCUGCUUCGCAUCUGGAACAGCUAGGAUCGGUGGUGGAAGAGGUUUCGAUGCCUUCAUUUUCUCUUGGCUUGCCAGCAUAUUACAUAUUGGCCUCUUCUGAAGCCUCAUCUAAUUUGUCACGCUAUGAUGGCAUCAGGUAUGGGCGGCAGGUUUCGGCUGAUGACUUGAAUGAGCUCUACGGAAAUUCCCGGGCUAGUGGUCUCGGUCAUGAGGUCAAAAUGAGAAUUUUGAUGGGAACUUAUGCAUUAUCUGCUGGAUACUAUGAUGCAUACUACAAACGAGCGCAACAGGUGAGGACGCUGGUUAAGAAAAGCUUCGAAGAAGCUUUGGGCAAAUACGAUAUUCUUAUUUCACCUGCUGCUCCAUCAGCAGCCUACAAGAUAGGUGAAAAGACAAAUGAUCCAUUAGCUAUGUACGCCGGAGACAUCAUGACGGUGAAUGUUAACAUGGCUGGGCUUCCUGCAUUGGUUGUGCCUUGUGGAUUCGUCGAAGGUGGGUCUGCGGGUCUCCCAGUCGGACUUCAGAUGAUCGGAUCUCCCUUCAGUGAGGGGAAUUUGCUGAGAGUAGGCCACAUCUUCGAACAAACGCUGCAGGAUCUCAGCUUCGUUCCACCACUGGCGGCAGAUAACUAGCGCCUUUCUUCGUGUCUCGUUCAAGCGGUUCCUAGGGCUGCGUGGGUUUUAGAGGCCCCUCUUUUCAUUCAUUCCUAAAGUUUUGAGAUAUAUUAUUUCGUCGUUGUAUGGCGAGGAAACUGGUUGUACGCAAUGCGUGAGAUUUCCCAUUGUGGGAGUGGUUGGGGACAGAGUCUGAGACGGCAUGUGCACAUGUGCAAUUCCUGCAAGCCAACAGCUGCGUCGCCCACAUUCGGUAUCGGCCCACGUCGAUGGUAUAUUUUUUGUAAUCCUGGUUCACAUCAAUGGUAUUCUGCAAAUCUUUUUGAUUGA